CGGAGUGCCAAGCUUCAUGGUCACACAACAACAGAAAGCCCUGUCGUGAGUUCAUGGGCUGACAGCAUAGCAUGGAAGUGCAACACGACACUGAAUUUGCCGCUUUUACGCAGCACGGCGACAGAACCCCCGGUAUAGCGUGGCCUUCAAUGUCCUUGGUCAACCUGACCACCCUAAAAUCCCCCAUUGGGACAGCUCUCAUUGCCGGAGUACUUUUGAUCUUGUACCUUGCAUAUCGAGCUAUCCUUCCCAAGCCUAUUGCGGGUAUCCCGUAUAACAAGCAUGCGGCUCGGAGUCCUUUGGGCGAUAUCCCCGAGAUGUUGGGAUAUAUUCGCAAGAAAAAAGAGGUGUUUUCCUGGAUGGGGUCCCUGACGGAAAGGCACAACAGCCCGAUUGUCCAGGUCUUCAUUAAGCCAUUCGAAAAGCCAUGGGUCGUUGUGGCAGACCCAUUCGAGACGCAGGACAUCCUUCUCCGGCGCGGCAAGGAGAUUGACCGAAGCCUGCUCAUCGGCGACAUUCUCGGCCCCCUUCUCCCCGAACAGCACAUGCAGUUCCACUCAGAUGACCCGCGCUUCAAGAAAAACCGCAACCUUAUCAACCAUUUGAUGACCCCAUCGUUUAUCAACCGGGUCAGCGGUCCCGAAACAUACCGCGGCGUAAACCUUCUCAUUCAACUCUGGAAGGCGAAGUGUGAGCGCGCCCAAGGCCGUCCCUUCUCUGCAAUCCAUGACCUCAGCCACAGCGCCCUCGACGCCAUCACUGGCGCGCUCAUCGGCCUUCCUGAAUGCGAAAACAUCACUUGGAAGCGUUUGGAGGCCGUCAAUCAGGUUUCACUGCCCGAGGGUGACGUCGACCCGAGUAAUGUCAACAAGCCAAUCACCUUCCCCGAGGGCUCCAUCCCCCCUUUCCUCAGCGCCAUCAUCACCAUGACGAAUUCCCUAAUGCUCACCCAGCUUUCCCCUCUGCCCAAACCCACCUACAAGAUCGCCAAAAUGUUCCCCUCUCUGAAGAACGCCAUCGCGACAAAGGAGACCUACAUCACCUCCAAGAUCGACGAAUCCCUGGCCCUCAUUAACUCCUCCAAUCCCGACCAAGCAGACAAUUCCCAACUUCCCCAAAACGCCAUCCACUCCGUCCUCCUCCGCGAGCGCCAACUCGCCCUCAAAGAGGGUCGCACCCCCAACUACCACUCCCGCGCCAUCUCGGACGAGUUCGUCAGCUUCCUCCUCGCCGGCCACGACACCACCGCCGUCACCAUGGCCUGGGGCGUCAAAUACCUGUCCGACCACCCUCGCGUCCAAGACCGUUUACGCGCGGAGCUGCGCGCCGCGAUGCCUGCCGCCUUUGCGGAAAAACGGGCGCCGACGUACGAGGAGAUCGUUGCCCUCCAGAACCAGCAGCAGGGAGGAGAGUCCACGCGGAGAAAGAGCGAGUAUCUGGACGCGGUAAUCGAGGAGGUGUUGAGGGUGGGGAAUGUCAUCGAUUUCUUGCUUCGCGAGACGUUGCGGGAUACCGAGAUCUUGGGCAGAAUGGUUCCGAAGGGCACGUCGAUUUGCUUGGUGGGCAACGGGCCGGGGUAUGUCAGGCCUGCUGCUUUGGUCGAGGUUAAUGAUGCGGUGCGCAGUCCGGGGGCGAGGAAGGAGGGGUCCAACAAGUUGGGGAAGAUGUUGAGCGGGAAGUGGGAUGAUGGGGAUUUGGGCGAGUUUAAGCCGGAAAGGUGGUUGAAGGUGAAUGGGGAGACGGGGAGGGAGGAGUUUGAUCCGCUGGCGGGGCCGACGUUGGCGUUUGGCCUGGGGCCGAGGGGGUGUUAUGGGAAGAGGUUGGGGAUGGUGGCGUUGAGGAUUUAUUUUGUGAUGAUUGUGUGGUGGUUUAGGCUGGGGAAGUGUCCGGAGGAGUUGAGCGGGUAUGAGGGCGUGCAGAAGUUUGCUAGGGAGCCGAGGCGCUGUUUUGUUAGGCUGGAGGAUGCGAUGGGGCGCUGAAGGAUGGUUGGGGGUCUGGGUCCGGGAAGGGACGAAUCAUGAUCACUCCCCAUUUUCAAAGCCCAAUUCCAGUUUGUCAACAAUUGAAGAAUAAAAGAUCUCCGAAGAAUUGAUUGAUUAA